AUGGUCGAUCAAGAAAUUCCUCCCGAGUUAGAACAAGUCAAUAAUGCAACAGUGGAAAGCAGCUCAGAAAUUUCUUUAGAGUCAGGCCCUACCGAUGAAUCAAAGACAGCUCUUAGAGAUAAAACAAAACUGCUUCGGGAUACGCUAGAACUGCUACUAGAUAAGUCGGAAAAACAAAAAAGGAUCUGCGAGCAGUUGACUCACGAGAACAGGUAUUUACAAGAUUACGUGGAAAACCUGAUGUCUCAAGGAAACGUAUUGGACAAGUAG